UUGAAUUAUUCUGGACAUAAACGACAAAAUAUGCAUGAUUGCAAAGAUAAAAUGUAGGAGACGAAGAAAUUUCAAAUUUCAUUAAAUGUCUACAAGUCAAGUAUGAAUGUUUCCGAAAUCAAGUCGACGACACAAAGAAAUAAAAAGCCAUAAGGGUUAAUUCUGUCUUUAAAUUGUCGGUGCAUCUCCUUUAGCAGCCAAAAUUGACAAAUUCCCAAAGUAUUCUCGUUUGCUCUGUUCUUUUGUUAGUUUUAAAACUGAGUUGAUUUUUUUUCAUGCUCUUUAGAAAAAUCUUCUCCAGUUUUUAGAUAAAUCUCACAUUCAAUAAAGUCUUGUGCUUACUGUGAUAUAUCCGUGGAUUGGAUUCAUUUCCAUAUAGUGAAUAUGGUAGAUGCUAUCACGGGAUUCGUUGUGGGAAAGAUAGGCAACUAUCUCAUUGAAGAAGCAUCCAUGUUGAUGGGAGUCAAAGAUGAUCUAGAAGACCUAAAGACAGAGUUGACGUGCAUCCAAGGUUUUCUCAAGGAUGUUGAAGCGCGAGAACAAGAAGAUGAGGUUUCGAAAGAGUGGACAAAACUGGUUUUAGAUUUUGCUUAUGACGUGGAGGAUGUUUUGGAUACCUAUUUUCUGAAACUCGAGGAAAGAUCACAAAGGCGUGGUUUGAAAAGAUUGACCAACAAAAUAGGCAGGAAGAUAGAUGCGUACAACAUAGUUGAUGAUAUCAGAAUCCUCAAGAGAAGAAUCUUGGAUGUUACUCGCAAGCGGGAGACUUAUGGCAUAGGAAACUUCAGUGAGCGUCGAGGAGGAGAGAGUAAUUUAAGUUUAAGGGUACGGGAGCUUCGGCGUGCUCGAUCUAUUGAUCAAGAAGAGCUUGUUGUUGGUUUGGAAGAUGAUGCUAAGAUUCUUUUGGCAAAGCUUCUCGAUGAGAGAGAGUACAAUAGAUUUAUUAUCUCGAUCUUCGGUAUGGGAGGUCUCGGAAAGACUGCACUUGCUAGGAAGCUCUACAACUCAGAGGAAGUGAAGAGAAGAUUCAAAUACCGCGCUUGGACUUAUGUUUCUCAAGAGUAUAAAACUGGAGAUAUACUUAUGAGGAUCAUUAGAUCUUUGGGAGUGGCUUCUGCGAAAGAGUUGGAGAAGAUUAGGAAGUUUACAGAGGAGGAAUUAGAAGUUUACCUUCAUGGUAUUUUAGAAGGGAAAAAAUAUUUGGUGGUAGUAGAUGAUAUAUGGGAGCGAGAAGCGUGGGAGAGUUUAAAGAGAGCGUUACCUUGCAACCAUGAAGAAGGAAGUAUAGUAAUCAUCACUACCCGUAUUAGAGCUGUUGCUGAAGGCGUGGACGGGAGAUUCUAUGCUCAUAAGUUAAGAUUCUUGACGUUUGAAGAAAGCUGGAAGUUGUUUGAACAGAAAGCAUUCAUAAAUAUGGAAUGGGUUGAUGAAGAUCUGCGGAAAAUCGGAAAAGAAAUGGUUCAAAAAUGCAGUGGAUUACCACUUGCUAUAGUCGUUCUUGCGGGGCUUUUGUCGAGGAAGAGUCCAAGCGAGUGGAAUGAUGUGUGUAACAGUUUAUGGAGACGCCUAAAGGAUAACUCCAUUCAUGUUUCCACUUUGUGUGAUCUAAGCCUCAAGGAGAUGCGACAUGAGUUGAAACUUUGCUUUCUUUAUCUUAGUAUCUUCCCAGAGGACUAUGAGAUUGAGGUAGAGAAGUUGAUACGGUUACUAGUGGCAGAAGGAAUUAUACAAGGGGAUGAAGAGAUGAUGAUGGAAGAUGUGGUUCGGUAUUACAUCGAAGAGCUGAUAGGCAGAAGCUUAGUGGAAGCAGUUAGAGUAGAAAGAGGAAAAGUGAUGUCUUGUAGAAUCCAUGAUCUUUUGAGAGACGUGGCUAUCAAGAAAUCUAAAGAGCUAAACUUUUUAAACGUUUAUAACGAUCAUGUGGCGGCACAACAUACUUGUUGCAGAAGGGAAGUGGUUCACCAUCAGAUCAUCAACAAAUACUUUUCUGAGAAACGUAUGAACAAAAGGAUGCGAUCCUUCCUGUUCUUUGGAGAAUCGAAGGUUAAUGUUAAAACGACUACCUUGAACAUGAAGCUACUUCGAGUGCUUAAUCUUGGAGGGGUUCAUUUUAUUCAAAAAGGAGAUAUUACAUUGAGUUUCCCAGAUGUGGUCGGGGAUUUAAUCCACUUGAGGUACUUUGGGAUUGCUGAUACUCGUGUCAAAAAUUUACCAGGUUUCAUCUCCAAUCUACGGUUUCUACAAACGCUAGAUGCAUCUGGCAAUGAUUCCUUCAUACAAAAAAUCGAUCUCCGUAAGCUCACAUCACUGAGGCAUGUCAUAGGAAAAUUCUUGGGAGACUUUCUAAUAGGCGACGCAAUGAACCUUCAAACCUUGAGGUCUAUCUCAUCCUACAACUGGAGCAAACUAAAACAUGAGUUGCUCAUAAAUCUUCGGGACUUGAAGAUCUAUGAAAAUUACCCAUGGGUAGAUAAUGGUCGGGUACGUACUUCUUAUUUUUUGGGAACAGUUCCUGUGUACUGGGGUUCCAUUACUAGACUGAGAAACCUUCGUGUUCUGAAGCUGGAGGCGACGGCCACCAUCUAUUUAUCGUUGGAAUCAGAAGAAGUGGUGAGGUCCAUGGAUGUGAUAUCACCCAGUCUUGAAUCUGUAACACUUGUUGGAAUAACUCUCAGGGAAGACCCAAUGCCUUUUUUGCAGAAAUUGCCGAGAUUGGAAGAUCUGAUCUUGAAAGAUUGUGAUUUAGUGGGAGGGAAGAUGAGCAUCAGCGAACAAGGUUUUGGUCGGUUGAGGAAGCUUCAAUUGUUCAUAGAAAAAUUAGAUGAGUUGCAGAUAGAAGAACAGGCCAUGCCCAAUUUGAUCCAGCUGAAACUAAGCACCAAAGUACAAUACUGCCACCUGGUAAUUCCAAAUCGAUUCCGAGCGUUUAUUCAAAUCUACGAAACGUAACUGUUGAUGAAUUAUGAGCUACAAGAAACAGGGGAACAUGUGAACCAGCCUGGCCUUAAAGAUUUAUGUCUUUAAAUAGUCAUUUUCUCCUAGAUGUCUUAACAUAUAAGUCUGCUACAUAAAAUGUCUUAGAGUUUUAAUUUGAAGCUUUUGAAUGAUUAAAUUUUAGUGUAAUUGAAAAUUUUAUGAUUUUAAACUUCUCCUCUAUAGAAUCCUAUCUUUAUAUGAUAA